AUGGCAAAAUGUUUAGGCUGUGGAUAUCUUCUAAUAUUUCUAAUCGUAAAUUUAGUUGCUGCAGAACGGAUAAAGGAUAUGAUUUAUAUGACUUUUGAAGGAGUUGCUGCUUGUUUCCGUAGACAUAAUGGAACACAUCAAUUUGGAUGUUCCUCAAGUAGGUCAGGAAGCGUUGGUGUCAUUCAUUUGGUUGAAGAAGAAAAUGAUAUUAGAUGGAUUGAAAAAAAUGCCACUGAUGGUCCUUAUACCAUAGUCCUUACAUUUUCCAUGUUCAUGAAAGAUGUACUCUUUCGAUUACAAAAGACAAAUAACAUAAAUGGAGUUCUACUUGCAAAAAACACCAGUCAACCACGUCCAGAUCAUUAUUCUCCUGAAGAUACCUGUCCAAAUAGGUAUUCAGGAUAUAAAAGAUGCAAUGAAGCUUCUCCUUGGAAUCCUUUGGGAUCAUCUUUACUCAUGCAGGAUUGGCAGUUUCCAAUGUUUUAUACAGAGAAUCAGACCAUGAUUGAAGCUAUAAAAGAUUGUUUCUGGAAAUUUAAUACACACGACAUAGAAAAUCAGCAACACAGAUCUUUGUGCGCGUUAGAAAUGAGAUCGUUUAUGUUUGCCGCAGUUAACUCUGAAUCUUGUAUCAGACGCGGCGAAUCCAAAUUGAAUUAUAUUCCGACACCGUUUUGCGAACCGUUGGGAGAUAGAAACAUACAUUGGCCUCUAGCUCCCAUAGAUAUGGAGAAAAAUUCAAUAAUAAUGGUAACAGCCAGGCUGGAUGCUUCUUCCCUGUUUGAUGGACUAUCACCUGGAGCGGGUAACGUCGUAACAGGAUUAGUAACGUUAAUUGCCACUGCUUAUUACUUGAAUAUAUUAGCUAAAGAUGUUGUGGUGAACAAAACAAACGUUGUUUUUUCUCUAUUAAAUGGCGAAGCUUUUGAUUAUAUAGGAUCCAGUCGAUUAGUUUAUGACCUGAAAGAAGGUAAUUUCAAUGCAUUAGGUGGAGUAAAUUUAAAGUUGGAUGACAUUAAGAGUGUGAUCGAAUUUGGUCAGUUAAAUAAAGGGAAAUUGUAUCUUCAUUCUACUAACGGAAGGAACAACGAUAUAAUGUAUAAAAUGAAGAAUGCAUUGAACGCGACCGUUUUGGAAGACAGUGUACCGCCUACGUCGGUACAAAGUUUCUUAGAUGUGAAACAUGAUUUACCUGCUGUUGUUAUUAGCGAUCAUGGAGAAUAUUUCGGAAAUAGAUAUUACAAUGGAAUUUUAGACGAUGCAGAAAGUCUUUCCUUUAACAAAAGCGACAAUGGACUUUCAACUGCUUUAGCAAAGAUUGCAAUUCAUGUUGCUGAAAUUCUUUAUGAAAAUAUAACUGGUAAUCAACCUCCAGUCAUUGAUGAAACCUUUCAGUCCGUCGAGUCUCAGAUUUUUGAAAUGUUAACAUGUUACUUGGAAAGUGCCAACUGCUAUUUGUUUCACGCCGCUUCAUCACCGGGCGCCAAAUUAAUUAAUCAAGUUCUACCUUUAUACGUCGGUGUACAUAGGGUAGCCAAUACUGCCACUACGUUAACUGGUCAACUUCUUGCUUAUCUGACUAGAAAGGAAUUACCGCAUAUGAAUGAAACUACAUGUUAUAAAAAUCAUCAGAUUUGGAUGGCUGGCGAUAAUUUAACUGGCAUAUGUAUUAGUUCAAAUGUGAAUUAUAGCGCGGCUAUGAGCCCGGCAUUUAUUAUCGAUGGAUACGACAUGAAAUCUGGUCUUUAUUCUACAUGGACGGAAUCUAUAUGGCAAACAUUAAGCGUAAGGAUGUUCCUUAAACCUUCAGCAGCUACAGAGCGAUUAACGAUGAUUUUAGGUAGUUCAGUGGCUGUUGUGUCGUUUUUAAUUGUAUGGUUCAUUAAUUCCCGGGCUGAUAUAUUGUUUAAUUCACGGAGAACGACAAGCUGCUAGGGAUACGCUGCGGACCACAUAUCAAUGACCAGGUUGGACCAUCGAGAAUACGAAGAUGUUCCCGUAACUAGCCUUUGAAUAUAUGUGUGGUACGCCCUCGGACAAUUUUUUAUAUAUCUCAACACUAAAGCGUAUUCCAACGCCAUCGAUUUUUUAUUACAGUGUCAGUGCGAAAUUACGACAACUAUUUAAUGAAGUUUUUGCACUAUGUUAGCAUACGCAAUGGGAACGAUCGUAUAAAGUAUUCAAAAAAUAAAUAAUCUACUUUUGGAAGCUACGAUUAUUACUACUUUUUGAGCAUCUUGUACGUUCGUUUCAUUUGUCACGUUACGUCCCUUUUUCUAAUAUAAUUGUAUGUAUUUGGGUAUAUACAUUUUUAUAAAUGUUACGUGUAUUCAGCGAAUAAGUGGAAUUUUUUAUUAAAUUCCACGAGAAGUCGAUACUUACAGAGUAUUACGCCUGUAUCGCGAUGAUAAGCAGGGUAUACUAACAUUAAGAAAUGUGUACUGAGUUCUUGAUUUUGUUAAAAUUCAUUUGUACGUAACGAUAAGCGUGCACAUUUUAUUUAUAUGCGUACUGUAAAUUACGAAUACCGUUUACAGACGAUACAAUUAGUAUACGUAUAGUACUUUCAACAAUUAUUUAAUUCCGCAUCGUUCAUUUAUGCAUGAACAUUUGUGUUACGACUGUCAUGCAUGUGUAUUCAUUCGUAAUUAAGUAAAACCGUUAUUAAUUUGCAGUGUAUCUAUUGAGAUAUAUUCAUUCUUCGUUUAUUUAUUAUAAUUAUCUUACACCGUAAAUGAAGAAACCAAUUAGCGCAGGAUAUUUAAUUUCUCACAAUAUCCAAAAUAGAUAGGUAGUUAAUUCUACAACAUACUUAAGUGCGCUAACAAUGUAAUAUUAGUAAGCUAAAAAAAGAGGAGUAAAUUUAAGAAACAAUUUAUUUAAAAUUAUACUUCUAUUAUUUCA